AUGCUCGCCGACGUCUAUUCACACACCUCCAUGGUCAGUGAUCUCAACUCCUCUACAACUCCGAAGCCAUCUCGGGCUGCCUUUGCCUCUAACGGAAGCAAAAAGCGAUACGCCGCCCAGGUUCCUCGUACACUUCCAAAUAUGGCGUCGUCGACGACCAACGAGGUCCCGAACGCGCAUAUCAUCCUCUCCCAUCCGCUAGCACUUAAAGCGUGCUCGAAAUCACACGCGCCAACGCUGAUACCUCCUUCGCUUGGCCUCCCGUCUACACUGCAUGGGGCGUCCCAAGCUAUCGGGCGUGCGCGCCGAGUAAGCUCGCGCACGUUCUCGGCGUCUUCCGCUAUAAACGCGAAGGCUAACGCCACGCCACAACUCGCCUUUACCCGGCUCAUGGCGGCAUUGAUGCUAGUCGCCAUGUGCGCCCUAGCUAUCGCGCCUAUACAGGCGACCGCCAUCCGACCGCAUACGAGAGCCUACAUCGUGCACUACCCUCAUGGACAUUUGCAUAAUCGGCAACUCUACGAGUCUGAUCGAAUCCUCUUCGCCGAUACGAACGCCGCCCGCAGGAGCGCACUACCCGCUGCAACCGCCCGAGCCUUGGCGCGCACGUACUCACAAACAGGGGCAGCAUUAGCAGGGGUGAGCAGCAUGCCCUCAGAGAAACAACACAACUAUCAGAGCAGCUUCAGAGGCAAACCGCACCACUCAAUUGCCCACAAUCGUAGACAGCAACCCCCUUUGCUCAGUCCCUCUCCCCAGUCAUCCUCAGGGGGUGAGAAAAGCGAUGCAGCUGCCAACUCCACAGACGAGCUCAGUCGUCGAGCCCCCACAACGUUCCAGCAUCCUGUAUUGCGCUCUCUCACUGAAGAUCUGGGUGAGCGAUUCGCGUUCACAGUCGGGAAAUUGUAG